AUGAUUUUUGCAGUUAAAGAGAUUAAUAGAGAUUCCAAGCUAUUGCCAAAUGUGUCUUUGGGAUUUUGGAUUGUUGACUCUUGCUUUUCAAGAGAACGAGCACUUCUUGGAACCCUAAUGUUUUUAACAGGAAGUCAAGUUCCAGUUCCAAACUAUGACUGUAAUCUCAACUCAUUGCUACCUGCUAUAAUUGGAGAUGGACCUUCAUCAUCCUCCCUGACAAUGGCUACAGUACUAGGCCUCUACAAGUUUCCUCAGGUCAGCUAUGGGUCCUCGAUUUCACUUUUGAGUGACAAAUUGAUGUUUCCUGCAUUUAUGCGGACUGUCCCAAAUGAUGAAGUUCAUGCAAUUGGCAUGGCUCAUCUGUUAAUUCAUUUUGGUUGGACCUGGGUAGGAAUUCUGGCUUCUGAUAAUGAUUAUGGAAUGCUUGGCAGUCAGACUCUCAAAAAGGAAAUUGCCAAAGCUGGAGGCUGCAUUGCAUUUACAGAGAUGGUCACUAAAGACAAGGCAAAGAUUCCCUCUAUCAUUAAUGUGAUUCAGCAGUCAACGGCAAAUGUUAUUGUGAUUUACUGCACCACUGAGAACAUAGUCCCUAUGUUGGAAGCCAUAUCUGUUCAUAUAAUACUAGGACGAGUAUGGGUCAUACCAGCUGCCUGGCAAAUAUCUCUGCAGGUUCUCAGCAGGAAGGUUGUAAAAACUCUUAAUGGCAGCAUUGGGUUUUCUGUCCACAAAGGUAAGAUACCUGGACUUACAGACUUCCUCUACAGUAUCCAACCUUCAAUUUUUCCUAGUGAUAUCUAUACAACAAUGUUCUGGGAAGAAGCUUUUGGCUGUCAGUGGCCAGUGCCUGGCAAAAAUCUCACAGAAGCAAAUCUACCACUGGUUGCAAAGAAGCCGUUUUGUACAGGACAUGAAGACAUCAGGAGUCUUGAUGCUUCCGUAUAUGAUGCAUAUAAUUUCACAUAUUCAUUAAACACAUACAAUGCAGUAUAUGCAGUUGCACAUUCCCUUCACAAUAUCCUUUUAUGUAUGGAUGGACAAGGUCCAUUUCUUUCUGGACAAUGUGCAGAUAUUCAUCAUUUACAACCUUGGAAGUUGCUUCAUUAUGCCAAGAAUGUCCAUUUCAACAACAGUGGUGAUGAAGAAAUGUAUUUUGACAAGAAUGGUGACCCUCCACCAAGAUAUGACAUCUUUAACUUCGCAUUAUUCCCAGAUGGGACUAACAGAUAUGUCCAACUUGGUCUGUUUGACAAUGAAAUCCAAGGAAAACUGGAACUCACUAUCAGUGAAGGAGACAUUUUAUGGAAUGAACGAUUUAAGCAGGUGCCAAAUUCUGUCUGCAGUAAAAGCUGUUCUCAUGGCUACCAAAAGGUUUCUCGUAGGGGUCAGCCGAUCUGUUGCUUUGACUGUUUUCUCUGUUCUAAGGGAGAAAUCUCCAACCAAACUGAUGCUGUGAACUGCAUGAAGUGUUCAGAAGAUUUCUGGUCUAAUGACAAACGAGACAAAUGUAUCCCAAAACAUCUAGAAUAUCUUUCCUAUGAAGACCCUUUGGGGCAGUCACUGUUUUGUUGCAGUCUUGCCUUCAGCGUGAUGACAGUUUCUAUUCUCUGCAAUUUUCUAAAAUUCAAAGACACUCCAAUAGUCAAGGCCAACAACCGAGAACUCAGCUACCUCCUUCUAAUAGCCCUUGUACUUUGCUUUCUCUGUUCACUGUUGUUCAUUGGUCAGCCUGCAAAACUGUCUUGCAUGUUUCAUCAAGUAAUAUUUGGUUUGACAUUUUCUCUUUGUGUAUCAUGUGUUUUAGCAAAAACAGUUAUGGUUGUGCUUGCCUUUAAUGCUACAAAGCCUGGCAGCAGGUUAAGAAGCUGGGUAGGACCAAAGGUUUCCAACUCUAUUGUCAUCUCUGGAUUCUUAAUUCAAGUCAUCAUAUGUUGUGCUUGGCUGUCUGUAUCUGCUCCAUUCCCAGAAUUCAACAAGACUGCAGAAGAUGGAAAGAUAAUCAUUGGAUGUAAUGAAGGUUCAAUAUUUGCCUUUUGGAUAAUGCUGGGAUACUUGGGUUUGUUAGCUGUUGUUUCCUUUGUUGUUGCUUUCUUAGCCAGGAAUCUACCUGGUAGCUUCAAUGAGGCCAAGUAUAUUACCUUUAGCAUGCUGGUAUUUGUCAGUGUAUGGCUGUCAUUUAUCCCUGCAUACCUGAGCACCAGGGGGAUGUACAUGGUGGCUGUGGAAAUUUUUGCCAUCCUGGCUUCUAGUGCUGGAAUGCUUGUCUGUAUAUUCUUACCUAAGUGUUACAUCAUAAUACUGAGACCAAAAAUGAACACAAGAGAAUAUAUGGUAGGGAAAGGUGAUUCAUUAAAAUAA